AUGUCUUCUAACGCACAAUCAAGUUCGCAGGCCAGCUCGGCCAAACCUCGCCCACAAAGAGCUAUGCCGCGAGGCUAUAUUGAUCCCAACCAGGAUGUCGUGGAAGAUCAAGACUUAAUCCAUCAUCUCUAUUUUGAAGACAAUGAUCCCUUUUUCCCUCCCGCCUGGCUAGGAAAAGACAUUUUCUUGCCUGAGCGACGGCCUUCGAAUGAGAGUACCUCCAGCACUGGCUCGAAAGAUGACAAGUGA